CCCGGGCUGUGGAAGCGGAGGGUGGGGACACUCUGGCCCGGCUCUCGGUGGUGCGGGAGCGGGAGGGAGCAGCGGCCGCUCUGGUCGGCGGACGUGCUGCCGAGCAGUCCCGGAAGCGAAGCAGCGAUGGCGGAGAGUCCAACUGAGGAGGCGGCGACGGCGACGGCGGGCGCCGGGGCGGCAGGCCCCGGGGCGAGCGGCGUCGCCGGUGUUGUUGGCGUUAGCGGCAGCGGGUUCGGGCCGCCUUUCCUGCCGGAUGUGUGGGCGGCGGCGGCGGCAGCGGGCGGGGCCGGGGGGCCGGGGAGCGGCCUGGCUCCGCUGCCCGGGCUCCCGCCCUCGGCCGCUGCCCACGGGGCCGCGCUGCUUAGCCACUGGGACCCCACACUCAGCUCCGACUGGGACGGCGAGCGAACCGCGCCGCAGUGUCUACUUCGGAUCAAGCGGGAUAUCAUGUCCAUUUAUAAGGAGCCUCCUCCAGGAAUGUUCGUUGUUCCUGAUACUGUUGACAUGACUAAGAUUCAUGCAUUGAUCACAGGCCCAUUUGACACUCCUUAUGAAGGGGGUUUCUUCCUGUUCGUGUUUCGGUGUCCGCCCGACUAUCCCAUCCACCCACCUCGGGUCAAACUGAUGACAACGGGCAAUAACACAGUGAGGUUUAACCCCAACUUCUACCGCAAUGGGAAAGUCUGCUUGAGUAUUCUAGGUACGUGGACCGGCCCUGCCUGGAGCCCAGCCCAGAGCAUCUCCUCUGUGCUCAUCUCCAUCCAGUCCCUAAUGACUGAGAACCCCUAUCACAAUGAGCCUGGCUUUGAGCAGGAGAGGCAUCCAGGAGACAGCAAAAAUUACAAUGAAUGUAUUCGGCAUGAGACCAUCAGAGUGGCGGUCUGCGACAUGAUGGAAGGAAAGUGUCCCUGCCCUGAACCUUUACGAGGGGUGAUGGAGAAGUCCUUCCUGGAGUAUUACGACUUCUAUGAGGUGGCUUGCAAAGAUCGGCUGCACCUUCAGGGCCAGACUAUGCAGGACCCUUUUGGAGAGAAGCGUGGCCACUUUGACUACCAGUCCCUCUUGAUGCGCCUGGGACUGAUUCGUCAGAAAGUGCUGGAGAGGCUCCAUAAUGAGAACGCCGAAAUGGACUCUGAUAGCAGUUCGUCUGGGACAGAGACAGACCUGCACGGGAGCCUGAGGGUUUAGACCCUGCUCCCUUCUCCCCUUCCCCCACUCAAGAGUCCCAGCAAAGUCCCUUCCCCCCCCACCCCAGGGACGGAGAGGCAGUGUGUAUCUCCCUCCAGACGUGACGUCAUCCUGCAAGAUGGCAAGAACCGAGCAAGCUCGGAUCCCAGGGUGUGGGAGCGGGGAGGCCGUUCCUGAUCUGACCUCCCUGGCUCUCGAGCAUCCGGGGCCAUGUUCAUCCCAUAGCAGGGGCCCAGGUACCUAUGCAGGAGCACCCGGGGCGAGGGCCCCUGGCAAAAACACGGCAACCGACACACCUCUCCACAGGGCCGGCUCCUUAGGGAUAGGUGGGAGACAGGCUGUAAUUCCAAGAGGGAGUGUGCCCACGCGACGUAUGGGGUUAUCUGGAAGGGAGCUUUGGGGGGGGGGGGGCUGUCUGUGACACUUACGCAGUCUGGGUGGUUGUCUGUCUGUCUGUCUGCAGUCUCGAAGCAGGGCUUCCCAGCGCCCUUUUCCCCCCUGCCUCUCUUCUCCCACUACUUCCCAUGGGCCAGCAUAAUUUUGUGUUUCCUAAUUUAUAGUCACUGUUCUAGACAGACCAAAGAGAAGGAACAGUGGUGGAGUCUAGGCUGCUGAUCAGUAAGCUUUACCUAGCACCUGAGCACCUUUCUCCUCUGCCCCGCAUUCCCGCGCCCCUUCCCGGAUUGAAGACGGAAGGGGACUGGCACCGGGACCGAACCGCGUCUUGGUUAAAGCCCGCACAGGCACCCAGAGAGGCUGAUUUUGUUCCCGCAAUCACUGAUCGGAGAAGUUCCCCACACAGCCAGCUGCUGUGUAUAUGGGAUUGGAGCCACUACAUAGAAUAGUUUCUUACAGAUUUUCAAAAAGGCUAGUAGCCACGAUGAGGGCACUUCUGAGGGCGGGGUGCGGCGGGGAGACUGAUGCUCGUCCUGUUGUGUUUCCGUUUGGCUGUCCUUGUGUAUUUUCACCCCAGCCCCUCCCGUGCCACCCCCCACCCCCCCCGCCUCAACUUCAAUGCCCAGGAACCUGUGGGGAGCAAGGUAGCCAAUGGCGGGGGGUGGGGGGUGGCUGGGACUCUGGGCUCCCCUUCUCGCCACUCCCCUCCCUCUCCCUCCCAGCUGCUCUGCCGCUGGCUCUAAGGGGUGUCCCCUGGCUGUGUCGCUUCUCUGUAUCUAGCUACAGUGAUUCUUUAGCCGGUUGGCUCGGAAAAAUGGGCUUUAGGUGCCCUGUGGUACUGGGCGUUGAGGGAAUCCAGCCUUCCCCUUUUUGGUGUGUUCGCCCCAUAUUUUCCGGAUUCUUCCCGUUAAGGCUCCCAGUGGGGUGUCGGUGACCCAUGUGACGCAGGGCCUCAGGCAGCAUCCAGCCACCUGGAAGGGAGAAGGGAGAGGAGAUGGCGGCGUACCUGCCCCGCCCGCUGCCGUGGAGGCGGCUGCCUGGGGGUCGUGGUGGGACUUCCCUGGGGGAGUUCCGGGGGUGGGGGGCACAAAGGAGAAUGUCCUACUUGGGAGGGCAGGAAGCUGAGAAACUGGACAGGACGUGGGCUUGGGGAACGGAAGUUUAUCUUGGAUACCGAAGGCUGAGUCUCUUAAUGAGACUCGAAAGAGGGACCCUGCUUCCCAUCUCCCUCUUCCAUUCCCGGAGCUAGCGCAGGGCUUAGAAGAAUGCCCUUGGUCUGUUGGUCCAGUGGUCGUCUGUCAUCCAUUUUAAGUGUUCCCACUUUCAAGUGACAAUCCUCUCCUUGGCCCUGCCAUGGGCAGAGCAUGUCUGGCAUACCGGCCCGACUUUUACGCCCUAAUCUUGAGUUGAGGAAAUAUAUGCACAGGAGUCAAAGAGAUGUCUUUAUAUCUGACUGUACAUAAAUGAAGUUUUUUGUUUUUUGUUUUUUUUUCUUUUUGGUGCAAUAAAGUUUGUUUUGGCAGAAGGA